AUGGAGUCUCAAGCUAGUUUAACAACUGCGUUUCCCAAUGACACAAAUUUCACGGAUGGAACUCUUCCUAAGACCUUGUCUGCUGUUACAGCUUCCCUCUCCCUCAUGGGAUCCUUCACAAUCUUUCUCACGUUCUGGAUGUCGCCCGACUUGCGAACUACAGCUCGCAGAAUGAUCAUGUUUAUAACAGUCGCCGAUUUCCUGUUUUUUCACAUAACGGCUUGGGGAGUACCUUUUGUGAUCACUGUAGCUGCCUAUUUCUUCAACGGAGUUCAAUUUUUGGCAGACCUUGAAACUGGGUACAAGUGCUGGAUCUGGAAUGAAAAAACUUGGCAGACAAUGUGCAUCUGGGCAGCUAUUACAGGAGAGGGCUGGGCCAUCAUGACAUACAUAACCAUGACUGUGUUUUAUGUACUGGUCAAGCAGCACAUAAGAAGAGAGGUAUGUAAAAAACUUCAAUAUGGUUAAAAAAAUUCGAUUAAAAGAGUACUCAGAGGAAUGUAAAAGAGUGCUCAGAGAAAUAUUAAAGAUUGUCCAGAGCAUUUAAUAGGUUAAUUCUGCACUCGAGCUGGGUGGGUCAUUCAGCUGGAGCCUAUCCUGAUUUCUGUUGCAUUAGUGACAAGGGUUCCAAUCCAUCUCAAGGUUAUCCUCAUAAGCUUUGGUCAGGCUUUUAUAUCCCAAAGAUUAGACAAGCAUGGGGAGAGUUCAAUAUGCAUAGUAUCCAAUUUCUUCUUACAUUAUAACCCUUGAAUCAAAAUCAAAUCAAAUAAAAAAACCCAAUUCUUCCAGCCAUUACCUUUAAAAAAAUUUAUAGAGAACAGUAUGGAGUAUAUGCAAACUGAUGUUACUGUGUAAAGCAGUAAGAUAAGUUUAAUGCCAAAAAAAUAUAACAUAAUAACCUGGUCAGCACUCCAAUUGGGACUUCUUUGUCAAGUCUUCAGAGCAUUACCCAGUAGCUGGGCUAAAUUUCAUUCCACUGAGGAUAUGAAUGAGAUGAGAUUCCAAUCACUUUAUUGGUAUACACUUCAGUCAAUGUAGUGGGGAAAUUUACACUUUUAACCCUUUAACUCUCAAGAUCUGAUUGUUAAUUCUCCCCUCUAGCUGCUACACAUUUCCUUUCAAAUAAGUUGCAAGAAUUUGGUGUGAGAUCAAGAUAACAACUUCUAGCUGAUACAUUUGAGUAUUAACAUUACCUGUUUGUUGGAUAGUGCAUGGAUAUUGUAGGGAGAAAUUACUUGUUAAUCACUUUUGGGAGUUAAAGGGUUAACUUAAUACUGGUAACUAGUAACUUGGUUCUCUUUCUCAGACUCUGCUUACACUCUUUCACUUAGCACCUGUAGCUCCCUUUUUCUCUUUGAUAACCUCAUGAUCAGUCUAGCUGGCAGAGCUACAUUGUAAUGAACAAUUUCUUUUCUCUUUGUUUUAGCUUACGUCAAGAUUUUAUCCAGGAGGCACAUUUUUUACGUGGAAAUCUGCGCAUGUUGCAAGAAUGAUAGACUGCAAAUUAACAUUUAUUCCCAUCAUAUUUAUCCUGCUGUGUAUUUGGGGAACCAUAUGA